AAGUUAGCGUGUGUCAGCCGACGUUGAAGCAAAUGUUUAGCGAAGGUUUUCUUAAUUGAACGAACGGGAAGACUGCCUAACAGACACACAACUUCACGGUCCUCUUCAUAAGAGUACUGAUUUUGACAUUUCUCUGUACCUCAGUUCAGUGCCAUAUUUGUGUAGAUGGCGUGUUUUCGGAUGCCAAUUGUGUCGUUUGUAGUUAUUCUGGCUUUUCUCUGCCCACUGCGAGUACUCACAGAUGAUACCGAGUUCAGUCUCCUUGAGCCUCUGGAUACUCGGCCGAAUCGUUACAUACUUGCUGCACUUGGAUACUCUGUAGAUCUUAACUGUCAAUUAAACGACCCAUUAGUUGAUGUGCAUCUAAUACAAGAGAAAAAGCCAACAGGGUCAACUAAAACAAUUGAACUUGAAAGGGCUCCAGAUGGAAUCAAAGUUACACAGAGUGGACAAAUAUUUACCAUAAACAAUGUUGAAGAAUCUGAUAGAGGGACAUAUCAUUGUAAAGUUCAGUCAACAGUUUUAAAGAUAGAGAAAAUUUACCCUGCCAAAUAUGGAUCAACACAAGAAAGUUAUAUUUCUUCACAUUCUAUACUUCCAAGAAACAACUCAGUGAGUGAAGGAGAAAGUACCACCUUCACCUGCAAUGUAACAGGAAAAGGCAUUAAAAACGUGGAAUGGUUCAAAGACAAAAUGAGACUUCCUAGCACAUUUUAUCAAUCUGGCAACAGCUAUAUUAGUGAUCUUCAAUUAACAGCAGUAACUGUUUCUCAAGCUGGUGCUUUUGAGUGUCGAACGACUGUUGUUCCCACACGGUUCAAAGGCUACCAAGUUAAAACAGGAAUGUUGUUCAUCAAAGAAUUUCACUUCCUUGCCAAGAAGAGACCAUAUCAGAGACUGUUUGUUGGUGACCCUGUGACAAUUAAUUGCAAGACAAAUGACCAAAAGGCAUCACCCUCAAGUUUAUGGGUGAGGAAAGAUACAAAUCCAGCCCAGGAAAUUGUCCCAAAUGGUGGAACAAUUACACGGAGGGGCAACAGAUUUUACUUUAGCAGUUUAGCACUGGAUAAUGCUGGUCUCUACACGUGUGAAGCUACUUUGCCAAUCAUAAAUAAGACCAUUGAAAUGGGGGUCACAAGUUUGUUGGUCUUCACAGGUGACAACAGAAAUCCUCAAGCUCAAGUGUACCCUUUGGAUAAAGAAGCCCUUCAUGGGCACGACUAUAAUUUUUCAUGUCAGGUUCCUGGUGAUGGCAUCUCUAUAAAAUGGUUAAAAGAUGGUGUAGACAUUCCAAGUUAUAAAACACACAGGCAACCAAACAAGAUGAUAAGAGGACUCAACUUUAAUGAAGACAUUCUGAUGUUAAAGAACGUCUCAAGGGUAGAUGUUGGCAACUAUACUUGUGUUGUUACAACAUCACAAAACCAAGGUUAUUCUAGUAAAGUCACUGCCAGACUCUUAUCUGUUAAAGAGUGUCUUGAUCCUGACAACAAUGAAAAGUUUGCUCACCCAACUGAUAUCUAUGGCUACUAUGAAUGCAUACAAGGGGUUCCUGUGAAGAAAAAUUGUCCUGUAACGUACAAAUGGAACGAAGUGGAGAAAGUCUGCAAGCAUCCACUAUCAUGGCUAGUUGACCACGACAGCAGAACUCAUUAUCUCAUCCCAGGAGUGGCCUUCUUGUUGGACUGCCGUCUUAAUAAUCCAAAUGUCUCAGUUGAACUACACAGGAAAAAGCUAGGCGAGCAAAGAUUUCAAAGAGUUGAUCUGCGGAUGGACAGAUUUGUUAAACAAAAUGGCCAGAAUUUCACAAUAACUGGCCUCCCUUCUAAGGGCCAGUUCAGAUUUCAAUGCAGGACUGCUGGGCAGGCUGGUACACAUGUUCUUCCGAAGGAAGUGAGAAUUGAAAGAGCUCAAGAUUUCAUGCAAAAUGUUUUUGUUGAAACAAUUCCUUCAUGUUUCCGUGGUCCACUGGAUACAAACGACUCCAUCGAUAUAGUCUGCCAUGUACUUCAUUAUGGAGAUGUCAAAUGGUUUAAAUUAGAUCAAGAAAUUACAGGCUCAAGAGUGAAAAAAAGUCCAAAAUACCGCGAUAGCCGCACGGGUCACUGGGAAUGGAACAGUACUUUGAUGCUUCGUAAUGUAAGAAGAAGCGAUGCGGGAGCUUACGUCUGUUCGAAAAGCAAUGGAUAUAAUAAGACAGCUAAUGUCACUGUUUUCAUUGAUGUUGCAGAACCCUCACCUGCAAGAGUAUCUGGCCAAAUGCAAUCCCCGCAAGCUGUAAUGGAGGAUUCCAAUGCCAGAUUUCUGUGCACCGUAAGUGGAUCUCCCCGUCCUACGGUGAAGUGGCUGAAGGGAACAGAAACUGUCGCCGUGUGCGAAGGCAAACAACAUGGCAGCUGUAGAAUCACAGCCACAGAAGGUUCGAAAUACAAAUCUUAUUGGCGGGACGAGAGGACGUGCAUGGUACAACACUCGAAUGGACCAACCAGCGGCAGAUGGAGCAGUUGGUUAAAUGUUUUGAGGACUCGUUCACCGGCUGAUGCUGUUAAUUACACUUGUGUCGUUGAUAAUGACUCGGGCGAACCAGACAAACGGGUUUCGUUACUUGCGAUCAUUGUUAACCCUGUGUUAGUAACCAGCAACAACAAUGGAGAGCCGGAAACGCCCUAUGUCGUUAAAGACGAAAUAGAAGAGUUAAACUGCACGACCAAACGUAGCUUUCCCUCAGCUAACUUCAGUUGGCGGUACCAAUCAUUAGACUGUACAGAUUCCUCGAACUGCUCACCAAACAAAAAGUGGAAGCCAGUUUCAAGUGUAAUUGGACGCGUAGAUCCACGCUCUCCCAAGACCAGCGUUCUUAUUGUACCACCGAACAUUGACAAAAUGUAUUUCAAGUGCACGGCAGUAAAUCCUGUAACCCGUAAAAAGGACUCCAUAGUCUACAAGUUUUUGCGAAGAGGAAAAGUGGAUCCCUCUGACGACCUGGUAUUAAUACCUGCUUCUUCGUUUGCAAGAAAUGAGGGUGAAAAUAUUACGCUGCGCUGCGAAGCUAGCAUUGGCAGGUUCAGCGAAGAGCCAUCCUGGAAUAAAGAUAAAAAGACCUUAAAGAUCGAUCAAGGCCGGAUGAACGUUAAAAGAUGGACAGAUCAAAAAUUGAUAAGUCAGCUACACAUUCAGAAUGCCACGUUCGAGGACGCUGGUCUUUAUGAGUGUAAUGCUGUGAAAGAGACAGGUGAAAGAGAUCAAAAGUCCAUAAGACUGACGAUUAAGAAGUUGGCGAAACCCUCUGUCCUUAUAACUCCGAAUAUGACCAUGAAAAAAGGUCAGAGCGUUGAAUUAUUCUGUAACGUCACUGCAAAUCCUCAACCGAAAGAAGUCGUUUGGACGAGAAACGGAGAAAUAGUAACACCGAAAAGGACCAAGGUAAACGACUGCAAGCAGCUAGUAAGUGAUUUCUACGAAGUAAAAGACGCAGCUGAAUCUAGUGAUGGAGUGUGGAGAUUACUUGUUUGCUCUCCAAGCGAUGCUCAACACACUGGAUCUUACAAAUGUGUAGCUACAAACAUCAAGGGAAAUGGUUCUGCUACAACGCAUUUGGACAUUUUGGAAAAACCAAAAUCAUUGGUGACGUUUUCUGAAAACGGCAGCACGUUAACGCUGACGUGUAACGCCACUGGUAAUCCUGUUCCUUUAGUAUACUGGGAGAAGGACAACGGCGAUGGUCAGUUUGUUCCGCUUGAAGGUACUGAGGAUAAGCGCCACUUGGGCCAAAAUGUUAUAGAGGUGGAACUAUCCGAGGAGACUUACGGAACGACGUACCGUUGUGUGGCGAAUAACACUCAAGAUCACGAUUUCUAUGAUUACCCCCUCCAAGGUCCCAACGUAGGAGAAUAUACUGGUAACCGGCCAGACAGUAAGGCAUUUUCAAAGGGCGCCAUGAUCGUUGUGAUCGCUUGUAGUAGCUUUUUGAUCUUGUUGCUUCUUUUGAUCAUUUUCAUUCUGUAUCGACGAAAGAAGCGGUAUGGCGGGUUUUUCAUCUUCACACUUCCACCUUCUCCUGAUUACAUCAUGACGUUAGACCCCGAGAGGUCUUUGUUAGAGCAGACAAACAGACUUCCCUAUGAUGCUCAGUGGGAAUUUCCGAGGGAACGUCUCUCAGUAGUGAGGCCUUUGGGAUCAGGAGCGUUUGGCCAAGUAUUCCUUGCGCAAGCGACUGGUAUUGUCGCGUUUGAUCCCCGUGGCAGCACGAAGCGUAAAUCUGGUCGCAGACGGUCAAGGUUUGGAUCCACAAGUCGACCUUAUUACAAUGACAAACGGGUCACGGCAGUUGCGGUGAAAAGUUUGAAAGAGAGUGCAACAGAAGCCGAGCACAGGGAUUUGGUGUCAGAAUUGAAGAUUUUGAUUCACAUCGGCGAACACAAGAACAUUGUCAACCUGCUUGGGGCAUGCACAAAGGGUCGUGAACGGGAUCUGUGGGUUAUAAUCGAAUACUGUCCCCAUGGAAACUUGCUUGACUUUCUGCGCAAGCGUCGUGAAAUUUUCGAAGCGACGUGGACCACGCCCACUGAGCACGCUGACGAAACAUUUACGACGAUUGAUCUUUAUAUUUGUGCAUUGCAAGUGGCACGUGCAAUGGAAUUCCUGGCUUCAAGACGGUGUGUCCACCGCGAUCUUGCCGCCAGAAACGUGUUGGUAGGAGAGGACUAUGUGUUGAAAGUGGCCGACUUUGGUUUGGCGAGAGACAUUUACAAAGAUGAGCACUACGUCAAGACAACAUCGGGCCUGCUUCCUGUCAAAUGGAUGGCUAUUGAGGCGUUAGUAGACCGAGUCUACACACAUAAGAGUGAUGUAUGGUCGUUUGGCGUUCUCUUAUGGGAGCUGUUUACACUCGGUGGAAGUCCGUACCCAGGCCUCCCGGCUAAUGAAGUGUAUCAGUAUUUGAUGGAAGGUAAUCGCAUGGAGCAGCCCGUGGAUUGCCCGGAUGAAAUGUACGAAAUAAUGUGUCAGAGCUGGAUGCACAGUCCAGAGGACAGGCCUUCCUUCACAGAUGUUGCAGCACGCCUUGAUAGACUUUUGGAUGACAAAACCACAGAGACUGGUGAAGGGUACCUUGAUCUUGAACAUGGCGAGGAUGACGCAAACUUUGACGAGCCAACGUUUGACGAUGAAUACCUCGAUCCCGGAGUGAGUCUUCUCCCACCCCCUGGCAGCCCCACCUCAGAGGACGAAAAACACGCCCCGCUGCCUCCCCUCCCCCUCCCCAUGGAAGAAAUUGAGCUGGAAACGUUUGCAGAGAAUCCCGAGGAAGAAGAAAAGCAGAAAUUUAUUCUUCGCGAUCCACCGAAAGAAAAACGUGUCCUUCGCAUGGACAGUGAAUUGGAGAAAGCUCGUAAAGACACGCUAGAGAGGGAAAAGGCAAGGGAAAGCAUUGAUCAGCAAAAUAAUGACGACUUUAUCAGCGAGAAAGAACAGCUGCGAUCGGACGAUGAGGACAGAGACAUCUGCGAAAGAAAUUCUGGAAUUUUCGAAUAUCCACCUGAUUACGACCACAAACCGGCGCAAAAUUUACUACUUGUUCCUUUACCUGGCAAUGGUUACUGUGGCGAAAAAUAUCCUCCUCAGGGCGAUGUGAAUUUUGAAACAGGAAAAACUGGCUCCUUGGGAAGACAGCCAUCUAACAGAUACGUAAAAUCAUAACAUAAGUUAUGAACUCUGAAUAAAGACAAUGCAUAACCAAUUCAAGCGAUCACUGGGCGCUUUGUGAAUUGAACUUCACAGCAGAAACUGAAGAGCUUCACUUUGUUGCAUGUAAACCAGAUAGAUAUUUUAGGCAAGCCUGAAAGCUUCUAAGGAUCAUCUGCUUUGAAAUGCCGCAAAACAGACGACUUCGAACGUUAAUAAAGAGAACUCCAUCCAAAAACUGUUCCGGGGGGAGCCUGCUUGGUGUCCUUUAGGCUGAAAAAAAUAUUGACUAAAACAACCCAGGUACUACGUAAGUGGGCCUACAAAGCGUCACUGUAAAUGAGAGAUAAGGCGCUUGGGUGCUGUUCAGACGGUAGUGUAUAUUAAGAGAGGCAUUCCACUCAGUGAUAAUCAACUGAUGCUAUAACAAUUACCAAUAUAUACUGUUACAGUUAUCAGCGGUUUGACAUACAAACGAGGCGAAAGGGUCCAUGCUGCUUUGUACUGACCCAUUCGCCUCGUUUGCAUGCCUUUUUAAACAAAAGAGUAUUUGACUCACCUGUGCUACUUUAAUACCUGUGGAAAUUGAAAUUGAGACAUUUAUAAUGUCACCAUAGAUAUAAAAGAAUUUUUUUAUUAUUAAUUUGUAUUAUAUAAUUAUUGUAUCAGAAAAGCAAGCCGCAAGUCAUAUUUGACGCAAUUACACGGCUUUUAGAUUAUGCGAUAUAUUCGGAACGUACAACAGUAUUGUAUUGGCUUCAUGAGGUUAUUUCUUUUUACUUAACUUUCAACGGUCUAAAUUCGUAUUCAGAGUUAGUUUUAUAUAAUAGAGUAGUAUUAUAUAAUACUAUUUUUUUUUAAAGUGAUUACUUAUUACUGAUAUUCUUUUCUCCCAUUCCUUUGAAGGGCAAAUUAAGAACGUAACGCAUAGAUAUGUUUGGUACACUUUCAUAAGUAUGUGACUUGAGCUAUUUGUUGUUGUUUUUCCCUAACCGGCUUGUGCCACUCUCAGAGCAAUCUUUGCCAGACCUUUAAAUCUUUCUCGAAACUGUAUUUUUACCCAGCCUUAAACUCUCGACGGGAGGAUCAGUAGAGGCAGACAACGGUAGUUGUCUCAACUAAAGGAGUUUUGGAAACUUCAAGCCUUUGGUCGUUUAUGGGCCAAGAUAGGCUCGAUUUCCACCGCUUUCUCGAGCGCGGGCUCUUUUCUCGAACAGCGGCUGGUAAUCGAGCCUAGGGCCAAGAUGGUGAAACUUCAGUGAGACUCUUUAGUGCGCUAGGAAUUCUGGGGUCAUUUGAGCAGUCAACGAGAUUGUGUCUGUUUUGCGUUGAACUAAUAUUUCAAAACAUUGCGGAAUUCCUCUAUGCUCGGUUGUGAGGAUUUUAGGUAGUAAUUUCGAAAUAAUCGCAACUAAAUGGGACCCUAAAUGACUGCGAGAUGGCAAGUCAUAUAAGGACCGCUUGAAAUAACCAAAGAAAGUAAAGCAAAUGAAACAGAGUUGUGACCAUUUUGUGUAGACGGCAUAAAUCUAUAUUAUUAACGGUUCCUCUGUUUUUCAGCUACGAUGGUCAAAAAACAUGCUCCUAUCGUGGAGCCUCCAUUUGGAUCAAUAUGGCUUUCUUUAUGGGGAAAAGGGAAUUUUUGGCUUGUUUAGUUGUUUUUUUAUAAGUAAAAUUUUACAGUGACGAUCCCAGAAGCAUUCCGACUUGAGUUUCUGAAGUUGGUUAUAGCGACCUAAUUUGAAAAAAACUUAAGGGAUACUUCGAGACGUUACAUCCAUUUAAUGUGAUUAUUAGCAUCUAAUGUCCACAAAGAAAGAUCUCAAAGAUUUGAUAGCACUAUUAUUACAAAAAUUAAAGAUGGUCAAUAGAAUUAGAAGUAACUGUUGUAAUGCAGACAGAAGCUAAUUAGAAAAAUUUAUGUAAUGAAAUAUUUAUGUUGUCAAUAAAUUUACGGAACAGCGGGUUAA